GCCUUUCAACACUUGCGAGCCGGGGCUGAAAACGUAAACAAUCAAAAAUUUCAUGGCUGUUUGUUUUGUAAAAAUAUUCGGCCAAAAUAGUAACCAAAUCCCCAGCAUGUAAAUUCAAGUAAAUCACCGGCAACGCAGUAAAUGAAGAGUUCCAUUUGAGUCAGCAGUCGAGAGCGCUGGAAUCAAGGCUUCUUGCCUGCGGAGUGGCCACACCAUGUUCAAACUGGAGUCCUAUAUCACUCCCAUUUUGCUAAGCUACGUGGCCAAGUACGUGAAGAACUUCCGCGAUGAGGAUGCCCAGGUGUCGCUUUGGGAGGGUGAAGUCACCUUUCAAAACCUGGACCUGCGUUUGGAGGUCCUCGAGGAGGAGCUCAACCUGCCGGUGGAGCUGGUUUCCGGGCACAUCCACGAACUUAGCAUCCAGGUGCCUUGGACGAAGCUUAUGUCAGAGCCAGUUAAGAUCGUCAUCAACACGAUUGAGUUCGUGGCAAAGUUGCCGGACAGCGAAAGCAAGCAGCGCCGGGCUUCUUUUCAGCGGGAACAGCGGAGGAGUUCCAAGCGGGCGUCCGUCGAGCAGUCCGAUCAGCAACCUAAGAGUCCCGGAGCUGCCAGCUCUUCUAGUGUGGUUAACAAGAUCAUCAACAAUAUAAGCCUGCAGUGCCACAACAUCAUCUUAAAAUAUGUGGAGGACGACAUAGUGGUCUCCAUGAAUGUGCAGACCCUGAACUUCAGUUCCGCUGGCGAGGACUGGAAGCCCACCAUGGUCGACAUCCAUCCGGUGUCUGUGGUCAUGCGCAAGGUGCUGCAGGUGUCGGAUCUGACCAUCUGCCUGGACAAGCGAAACACGGCUGGCAGGAUUGAGGUGUGCCAGGAACCGGUGCUCUACCGCUGCACACUAGAGUGCCGGGUACUCCGCAAAUACAACGCGAAUACGGUAAGCACUUCGAGCACCACGCGUAUUGCAGUUUUCACCAAGUCGCUGGACAUCAAUGUGUCGUCCUUGCAAUUUCCCAUGGUCAUGAGGCUGGUGAAAAUGCUACUUGAACUAAAACCCGCCGACUCCGAGGAGGAUUCUGGAAAUCUGGACGACCAAGAUGCAGUAGCCGAGGGAAACGAGGAGCAGAGUGCCGAACCCGCUGGCCAAAACGUUUUUUGGUGGGCCUGGAGCCUGUUGCCCAGUUUUGAGGCACAGGCGCCUUCCUCCUCUUGCGACUCUCCUAAUGGCCACGCAUUCGAUAUGGGCAUCUAUGCGGAGGAGCUGAACUUCCAGCUCAAGAACUCUGAGUACUUUACCGACCAAAGCAUGGGAGGGAUUAAGCGGAUACGCUACACACCAAUUCUGCGGAUCAGCUUGGGUGGUCUGUACUACGAGCGAACUCAAUUAAAGGAAUGUGAAUGGGGCAACGUCAAGGCGGGUCUUUCCAGCAUGUGUAUGGAACCGUUGGGUGCUUACCGGAGCGAAGAUCCUGUAGAUCGCAAUCUGGUUAAUACUCAGGAGUUUCUGGAUGAGCGCUCCUUCAUCGACAAGAGUUUGUUCGACGAGAACUACAUGUACGCCGAUCGUUCCUGGUGCAGCUACAACUACGAUGACUAUGUGGCCAGAAACACAGAUGAGUACAUGCUUUACCGCAGCCCUGUUCUUGCCUUCGACAUUAUCGAGUACCGUGUGCCGAAGACAAGUAAUCAUCCAGUGGCGGAGAGCCAGCUCAGAGACCUGGGACUUCGGAUCCAGUAUCGCCUUUUGUCCGCCGGAAUUACGUUCCACUUUUCGCAGUCCUUUGCGCAGGUUAAAAAUGUUAUUAGCGAUUUAAUUCGUCCUUACGAUUAUCCGGGAUAUCAUUCAGAAUCGAUGAAAGACGAAGAUCGUAGUGUCCCCGAGCCGGAGAACAAGAAUGCUGAUAUGACCAUACCGGACCUGGAGUAUUUAAUGGGUCUCGUGCCUGUCUGCAACUACAAGAUCGAGCUGCGGAACAUUGUGCUUCAUUUGUAUCCCCGCCAGCAGCCGGAGGAAGCCUCUGCAAAUAACCAACACCAGCUGACGACCACAGUUAAGCAAUCUCUGUUGCCAUACCUUCAGCUGAAGAUCUCUCUAGUCGAGGGCACAAUGUGUGGACCAGUAAGCCCGGUUCGUCUGGUCCAGCUGAUUACGCAUCUGCAGGAUAAACCUCGGGAGGUAGUCAACGCCUGCUAUAAUUGCUGUAACCUUAAUGUUAAGAACUUGACGCUGAUGAUUCUCAACACUACUCCGAGUCAUGGACAAACCAAACUUGUAAACAUUCCACGAAUGCAGGUGAACUGGAACCGGCUGCUAGCGCCUCAUCUCUGGCGUCAAAAUGAAGCUGCCCUGGAGACAGCGGAAGUAAAGUCCGAGAUCAUUACUUUGGAGUUCUCAAAACGGGAGCUGAUACUCGCCAAACGCCUUAUCCCGCUGGUCUCGACUUUCGAUGGCGCACAGCUCUGUGAGCUGGCCCACAGUGUGGCCCAAAUCAACGCUCAUUCGGAUGUGAUCAAGCUCCAAAGCUUGGGUACCAAGCUAGGCGUCAGUUACCACAAGUAUCAUACACACUUGGCCGCCGUGGGUUCUCUUCAAAGUAUCCACACUGAUGCCGUCCACACAAAGAUGAAUGUAAGGAAUGUGGUGCUAACUACUUCAAAGAAUGCGAGCACAAAGUGGCUGGAGGUGCAGUUACAGCUUCCUCUUGAGGACGCCGAUACGAAACAGGAGAAGAUACCUGGCACAGUGAUAUGCCUUUGGCUGGAACCAUUCCGCAUCACUACGGAUAUUUAUCUGCUGCAGUUUCUAAACUUUUCGGAACAAAGUGGAAAACAAAAAGGAAAAGAAAAGGAAACUGAAAUGGACUCAAAGUCUAUUAACCAAUCAGAGCCACCCCUCGCACAGUCAGUUUCGAAUUAUUCGACGAUUUCUGCCUCUGCGAUAACUUUGAAUGAUCUUCAGCCGCGUCGAAUUAGCAGAAACAAUAGUCGUAAAAUUUCCGUUCCUGAGGAAACAGUGCAUCUAAGCUCUGAACGUGAUGAGAGGCACACACAGGCUGAACCUCUAAGUUUACCCGUCCCAAGUAAGCCUCCGCCAUCGAAUUUCGAUAUGACGGAGCUGGUGAAGCGGCUGACCAAUAUGGUGGUGCUGGUGGAGAUCGCACAGGCCAAGAUUGAUGUGUGUGAAGUAAUGAUGCGAAAAACGCCUGCGGAUACGGAUGUGGAAUAUACCUCAAUCCGGCUGCCUGACGUGAAAAUAAAGUCUGGAAACUGCGACGCUAUUCAGCGAGGAAACAUCAGGGCAGUAAUUUUUAUGGACAGCAAAGCGGAGCUAUUCAACUGGGUCUUUGACCUAAGUGAUUUCAAUGUGUGCUAUCGCCGAUCCAAUGUCACCGAAAUUAUCGUUGCUCCUGUUAGAACGACAAUAACCCUAGCCCUGUCCUAUAAAGUAUCCGAAAAAACCAAUAACGAACAAAACACGUACUCUGUAAAUGUUCAUGUGGAUAUGUCAGCUAUUAAUUGUUUUGCCCAGCGGGUUAAAUUAUUACACGAGCACGUCUUGAUUAUUUCCAAGAUGUUCUCCUCACUUUGCCCAGAUGAACCUCCAUCUCAAUUGCAGGCAGCUAAACUAAAGCCCAAACUGGAAGUAUAUACCGGUAGUGCACAAACGUAUCCAGUAAUAAAAGAGUUCUUGGAACUAGAUCCCAACUUUGAAGCACCACAAAUUAAAAGCGCUCCCAAGAGCUCGGUUGUGUUAUUUUGCCAAUGGACCAUUCCACGCAUUAGUUUUGAAAUGGAAAACUCGAACGAUUACAAGCACAGUAAAAUCGUUAUAACUCUGGAAGACUUACUGCUAAAUAUUGAUAAGCAUAGUGAUUUUACCAAGAUAACUACCAAAGUAGAAAACUUUGGACUUAAUUACUACGAGGAGAAGCACGAAGAGUGGGAAAAGAUUGAAGAUUUUCACAUCAAAAUGUUGGGAGACAGUACAAAUUUGCCAUUGAUUAGUGUGGUAAUAACAACUGUAAGUCUUCAGGAUCUGUACGCGAAGAUCGGUGCCAGAAACCCUCAUAAUAAGCAGCACACUAUUACUGAGGUGCUAAUCGAGGUACAACCCAUUGAAAUGGUGCUUGACUUGGACCAAAUAACAGAGUAUAUGGUGCCCUUAUGUGAGCUGCUUGAAAUUAUAGGAAGUUCUGAAUCUGAACAGCAAGUAAACUCGCACUGUGCUUCACCGUCAAGCCAGAUUACCACGGUUCAGGAUCUGCCAAUGGUGCAUUUAAACAGCAAGGGAAUCUAUGUCUAUCUUCCACUAUCCACAGGCAGAAAGAGCUGCAGUGUCUUACUGCUCAGGAUCGAGAGUAUUCAACUGACGCCUAGUCUUGAAAAUCCCCUAGUCCGACAGCUCGUGCGUUCGGAUAUAUACCAAAAAGCUGCAGAACUGAAUAUGCUGAGUACACCAGGUGCCCUUGUAGAGGAUCGUCAGUAUGAGCUCAGUGUUAGAAGGGUAUCUCUAUCAACCGGUAAUUGGAAGCAAACACAAAAAUACCGCAUUGAAAAAAGUUUAGCCAGCAAACAUGAUAACCCAGCAUUUGAGUGGAACAAUCAAAGCCAAUCCAUUGAACUUGACCACAUGGAAAUAUUUAAGGACUUUGAUUUCAUUAUGAUUUAUGCGCCGGCUAUAAGCUACGAUCGGUUCCUGGUGUGCGGACAAAGUGUGGAGUAUAAUUGUGUAACCGAUUUUGUGGCUUCUUUAAACACUCAUCAAAUCAGCUUGAUUAGCUGCAUCAUAGUGCGAGUACAGCGACUAAGUUGUAUAAUUAACCAAGUGUGUGUAAAGAAUGCUGAGUUGCCAAAAGAAAGGUCGCACAAAACGUUGGGAGACGUAUCAAAAUUCAACAGCGUCGAUAAUUCCAUUUACUUUCCCUCUGAUCCUAAAAAGUGUCAGAAGGAUUUAAGUAGAAAACCUUCUAAGAAGCAGCUAGCCGGCAAGCAAAAUUACGCGACAGCCAACUCGAGCUUUGUCGACGCAAGAGGCAGUAGUGACACCUUUCUGGGGUCUUGCCAAAGCGACUCGGGAAUUCUCUUGGGCAGUCGUGUGAAAGGGCAUCCAAGAUCGAGUGCUGCGGAGGAUAUGCAUCGAACUGGGCGGCAACCAAGUGUCUUGACUUAUCCUCGAAGCGUAUCCUUUGUGGCUGGUGUGUUCUUGCUAAAGAUUUACGAUGUGCCGGAGUUUGAGGAGCUGGAGAGACCUGCGAUGCAACCGCUGUUUUUGCUGACUGUAUCCCAGCCCAGUUUUAUGUCAAGCCAAAACCUUAAGGCAGCCAUAACGCAAGCUUCGAUAUUUAAUAUUAACGUACGUGUGGCUACUCCCGAGGCUGAAGACAAUAAGGACAUGGAGCAAUUUAAUGAAUCGGUGUUUGAUACAUUGCCCGGACAACUUGGAAGCUCGGGGAUUCCUCCUCCCCUGCUAACAAUAAAGACCCAGUAUGAUCGCCUUAAUCAGAAAGAAGUUGAUGUGGAGCUUCGGAAACCCAUCCUGCUGCGAAUGUGUGAAGACACCAUCAAGCAACUGGCGAGUGAUGUCAUCCGUAUCUACACGGUUCUUCACGAGACUCCAUGUUUUGCGGUACGCAGCCAACGUCCCAUACCCGAAGGAUCUCAGCUCCACCAGAUGAAGAUGAACUGCUUCAAUGCCGAUCGGUUGCACAUAUCCUGUGAUCGCAUUACAGCCAAGUUCUACGACGAGGAAAGAACCUACAAGUGCAGUUUUGUGUGCCUGGAUCUUAGUACCCGCAUCAAGUUUAGUGCUCGUCCCCAGAAGGCCGUUGUGAGAUCCACUCUCGGAUCGGUCUAUGUGCAAUCUGGCGGAAAAAUGCUGCUCCAUCCCUUGCUAAUGCGUAUGUCGGUCGAUUUAGUCAGUGAACCAUGGUGUGAUGAGCUGCUGAUUUGUGCCACUCUAAAGAUGAAUUAUCUCCACAUCGAUGCGGGUGUCCUCAGCAUACUGCAACUGCAAAAAGCACGGGAUGGAAUAAAUCGAAUCCGAUUGCACGCCGAUCACGAGUGGCUGCAGUUCCUUUACCGUCGUCCUGUGUUAGGAACUCCAGAAGCGCACUGCAACCUCAUCAAGUGCACUCCCUCAAACGAAUCAGUAGAGCGCUUAAAGCGUCCCCCCAAGUCAACCGCGGAAUUUUACCAGGAUGACCUAAGAGCGGGAGCCUUUCAGUUUGUUUAUCUGAACUCCGAGUCCGUAUUGCCAAUGCCCUACCAAGUGCAGAUCAUCAAGAAAAACUAUGGCAUCAUCUGCUGGCGUUAUCCGCAACCGCGCCAAAUGACAAGCAUUCACAUCUAUCCAGUGCCAAUGCCAAUAAGCAGCCCGAUUCAAAUCAAGUGUCGCAUGGAGUACUUUAGUGAAACCCACGAGACGUUCUUACAUUACUGUGAUUUUAUGCUAUCGGAGACCUCCACUAAGCAGUUGACGCCUCCAGAUCGUCCGAUUUGUGCCACCAUAUGGAGAGUGGUUAUUCUGCAGUCGCUGAUCUCUGUGGACGGUACUUGCUUUGAGGGGAGUGAAGAUGAAGAUCUAUCGAUCGAGAACGUUCCCUCGGACUUUAAGGCAGAUGAAAAUAACGAUUUCAUUUUGCAUCCCAAAGUUCUAGUGGGUUGCAUGCGGAUUGAUACAGUCUUCAGAGCUGAAAAAGUUCCAAAACUGCAGUUGCUACUUUGCUGUCAGGACAUUGAACUGAAUUUUCUAAACCAGCCAGACAGCUCAGGAGAGCUCCCACAACAGUUAAAUAAAUAUAACCUGAAGCCGAUUAAUAAUAUCAGCCAAACCUUUCUAACUGUGCAUGUGGAAAACCUACAGAUGCACUCGACCAUAUAUUCUCGGAAAGAUUUUAGUCUGCAGACUGAAUUUCGCACUCGAGUAAAGUGCUUAGAUUACGGAUUUCUAAAUAUGCUGGAUGUUGUGGAGCCAACGAAAUUCACAAGCUAUGUGAGACUAACCGACUGUCCACGCUCUCUGUUGCAGGCAAAUUUUCUGGUGGAUAAGCUCCGACUCAACUGUGGCCCCUAUGUGGUGCAUACAUUGCUGAGUUCUAAACUCCACUGGCAGGAAGUUUUGCGUCAGAAGGAGAUACGGCACGCUUUAAUGCCUAAAUGCGUUAUAGUUAACCGGAUACAGGCACCAAUCAGCUUUGGUCAAACUGGUACAGUAGAGAAAAUCUCUGUAGCUCCUGGAGAAAUGCAGCUCUACCACUUUCGAAGUUGUUUUCAUGACCAAAAACUAACAUUCUUCAUCACAAAUCCCGAAACUGGUCUGGUGGAAAUGAGUGACUCGGUUCAUAUAACCCUGAAGUUCGAGGAUGAUCUCAAAGUGCAUCACUUGCGCGUAGGAGAUUACUGUAUAACCCUCAAGUUAGGCAAACUUUCCGCCACUCAGAUCUAUAUCCUGGUCAAGGGACAAAUCGAGUUGAUUAGCAUGGUACCUUUUAAUCUAAUCACAGAGUUUCGAGAGGAGAACAUAAACUACGAAGAAAACAGUCCGCCAGAACAUCUUUUGUUGUCCAAAGAAAGAUCAUCUUACUACCAAAACGUAAAGCGAAAUGUAGAUAUUAAUAUGCGGCUAAAGUUAACCGCAGGACUUGGAAGGGGUCGCACCGGCGAUAUUCCUCUGAAAGCCAAUAAUAACUUGCCUUGGCUAGUCAAAGUGCCCACGCAAUCUGCUCAGCAGUUUAUCAGCAUUUGGGUUCGAAUUUUACGAGAGGAUAUAGUGGUGGAGAAGACGGCAGAGGACUUUCAGCCCCAGAAGAUACUGAUCUGCAUUUGGCCAAUAUUCGAGAUAAGCAAUAUGCUUAGCUGUGAGAUUCAGGCGACUGAAAAUACCACCGGAGAGAGCUCUACUAUCGACGCCAAGGGCGGCAGAUGGGCUCUAAAUACUGCAACCACCCAUGCCACAGAGCAUACCGUUGGAUUCACGUUUUCGGGAGUUUUGCGUGGUUCUUCGAAAGAUAAAUAUACGCUCAUGCUGAGGACAAUGGAUUGGCACAAAUUCUUUUAUUACGAUUCCAACAUUUGGACCAUUGAAAAUGCGCUGCACAAGCUGGGAAAGUCAUCGAAGCGCAAAUGGCCGCAAUAUGAUCCAGAAGAAUUACGGGUCAGCCGGCACCUUGAUUUUCAAACUGGCUUUGAUGUUAAAUACCGCACAAAAGCGACGCGGGAAUUCUCCUGUACUUUGGGUCUGGAGGUUAUUCCCUGGGGGUUGUUCAUCAACGGAACCGGCUUAAAUGUGACUAUUUUUAUGAUCCAUGAGCAGGCACGUUUCGAGCUCAAAGCGAAUAGUUUGAAGAUGUCGCCCAAACUCCGUGGAGCUUUCACAAUUGAUUUGCACUCUGAUAAUGGCUGGAUCGCUUCAACACCGAUUUGCUUGGAAGAUUUUUCACAAAAAUCCGUUUCCAAUACCGGGAGAACUAUGACACUGCGCUGUAAUUCCUUUGUGGAUAUAGUUAUAGUAGAAAGGGAUGAGGUGCUGCGUCUGAUACUGGAAUAUAAAAAGGAAGACGAUGGAUAUCGUGUGCUAAAACUUCGGUCAAAAUUUGUACUGACGAAUUUUACCGAUGUGGUUCUAAAUGCUUUACCUCUGACAAUGGAUCACAAAGAGACCUCGACAAGGGAAGAAGUGGAAUCAUAUUCCAUUUCCAAAGCGGCCCGUAGUCUUUUAACUGUAGAUUCGACAACAAAUUGUAUUGGUACCGCAAUGGAUGUUUUCUACGAUCUUAACACCCAUAAGGCCAAGCACAACUGUGAUACCGCGUUCGUUUAUUUUGUUUGCUUUAGCGUAGGUGGAAAUAGGGAGAUUUCCAUACCCAUUCCUUUGGCCAUACCCUUCACCAGACGCUGCUUCAGUUUACAAGCAGGGCACGAGUCUAUUCCUUUAAUGAUCACUCUGAUAGAGAAGGAAAAUGUUCACUACUUGAACGUUUUCCGGGACACAGCGCCUGCUAUUGUGAUUAGCAACAAUACGAAUGUCAAGUUCAUUGUGGCUCAAACAAGUGCAUCGGAAAAUAGCAAUGUGACCUGCACUAAUUCAGAGUUCGUUGGCAGGCACUUCGAGUGGAACCAAUUGGUCCUGCCCCACAGCAAAUGCUAUUACACCCCACCGCAGAUGUACGCCAACUUUCCGGAUGUGGAAUUCACAAUGUGCAAUCUAUCCUUGGCGGUUUAUAAAGAUAAGCCUUGUGCUAAAAAUAAGAUCGCGUGGUCGAAACCCAUUCGAACUGACAAGUCAUGGCAAAAAUUUCUGCAAGUUCCCCACCACGGCGAUGUAAAAGUGGUAGUGUGUGAUAAGCAUCGAGCUAUUCGUCUGAACAUCUACUAUAUAGCUCAGCAGCUUGAAUUCUCUGUGAAGGACCUACGAUCUCGAUUGAAAAAGCCAGAUAAUGCUUUAAUAUCUUCAGAGGAGCAGGCACUUAUGGGAUCAAAUGAAAAAUUGUCACAAGAUGAGACCGUUUUUAAGGAUCCCCUCCCUGAUAUGGUGGCCUGUUCCCACUUUAGCGAAGAGUGCGAGACCAAACAAUUGACAAAAAUCAAAAUCUUCAUUAAGAGUUUUGUGUUUAGCCUGCAGACUGACAGUCGAGAAAAUGACUAUUUAAAGACGGAGGUGUGUAAUAUAUACGCCGACGACUCAAUGCUUAUCUACGACGACGACGACGAUCAGCGGGAACUGCACUUGCAGCUGCCAAAUCUUCAAGUGGAUAACCAGCUGUACUCCAGUGGAAAGUACGACUUUCCGGUGCUGCUUUGUGCGGAAAAACUGUACAAACGCAAUUGUGUUAUGCCGCAAGUUUAUGAUUUGGACUGCGUGUACGAACAGCAGGCAGAACGAACUCCCGUCUCUCUAUUCACGUUCAUUUUCUACCAAGAUGAAAUGCACCUGCAGAAUGUGCGAUGCCAGAUUCCCCCUUUUCGGGUCUACAUUGAGGAUGCAUAUCUGAACCAGCUGCUGGAAGCACUGGUGGAGUGUGAACCGUCCCACUGUGUGUAUAGUCCGCCUGUGAAACAGGAUCAAAUUAGUCUGGCUCCCGGAACAACUCUGCUGCCCGAUCAGGUUGUGGCCCAGUCCUUGUACAUAUCGGAACCCCUACGUCUAGAUAAUUUUACGGUGGAGCCCCUGAGUCUCUUGCUAUCCGUCCAUACUUCUUCGAGGCUCUACAUAGCAUUAGAUCACUCUCCCCUUUCCUUCUCCCGCUAUGAGCGUCAGCAAAUCCUUACAGUUCCGCUCCGCUUCGGACAAUCCCUGGGACUUCACUAUCUCAGCGGUGCCAUUUUCGGAGCUGGCUGGGUGGUUGGUUCCCUGGAGAUUUUGGGAAGUCCCAGUGGGCUGGCUCGCUCCUUUAGCACCGGUCUUCGAGAUUUUGUCUCCAUGCCCGUUCAGGGUCUCUUCAGUGGACCGUGGGGCUUCCUAGUGGGAGUGACUCAGGGUUCUGCCUCUCUGCUGCGCAAUGUGACCGCGGGAACCGUGAAUUCCGUGACCAAACUGGCUGGUUCGGUCGCCCGUAACCUGGACAGGCUGACGCUGGACGCAGAGCACAUCGAAUUAACUGAGGCCCGAAGGAGAGCUCGACCGCAAGGAUUCGCCGAUGGACUGACCCAAGGUCUGACUGGAUUGGGCAUUAGUUUACUUGGCGCUGUUGGAGGAUUGGCCCAUCACACUCUGGAGGCGCGAAGCUCUGUUGGUGUCAUCGCUGGCCUAACCAAAGGUAUUGUUGGAGCUCUGACGAAACCCAUCAGUGGAGCUGCCGAAAUGUUGGCUCUGACGGGUCAAGGCGUCCUCCACACGGUGGGCUUUAAUGCAAUGCCGCAACAGGUGGAGCCCAGCUAUACGCGGAACGUCGCUCUGCACGGAAGCUCACAUCGCAUUUGGAGUUAUCUGCCCGAGGAGUUGAGCCACGAUCAGAUGCUGUUCUUCUGUGAGAUCACGCUGCUGGUCAACACGCAGUUGCGUCCAGCAUUGCUAUUCCUAACCUCGUCAGUAUUGGCCAUUAUGCAGACGGAUAGCGAAGACCUGGCCUUCGCUUCCCCUGUUUCUAAGGUGGAUGUUGUGGCGGAUCGCGAAGAUGUCUCGAAAUUGUACUUGAGCUUGAAGACUGAGACGAGGGAUGAUCUUGAAGGGCAACUGAACUACACAAAUGAGCGCAUCAUGAAGUUCCUGAACGCCUCACGACUUCAGAGCAUAGCCAACGACUCUCUAAAUGAUCUGCUGCAGCUGCAUGAACAGGAUGUCGACGACCGCAUCCAGCGGCAAUCGCAGUGCAUAUUCUAUAUUAAACCCAAUAUAGGCGAACAUCUGAUCCACUAUCUAAAGAUAUGAUGUUCCUGGGGAUUCAACCCAAUGGUUUCCUUGUUUUAUCAGCCAUACAUUGUGUUGUCCAAUUCCGCAAACUCACGUUCAAUACGAAUGGUUUUAUCUAAAGCCUCCCACAAGCCAACCUAAAACAGGAUGCGUUUUAAUCAGGGCCAGAUAAAUCCAGCUAAAGCAAAGCCGUUGUGAUUGCAAGAAACUUGAAAAAUUAACCUGUCGCCGCAAAACCGUCGAACCAAAGUGCUUCUUAUUUUUCCAGUUAAAAAUAAUUUGCCUGGCAGUAGUUGUACAGAGAAGAAAAUAGAGGGAGGAUAAUUAAAUUACUAAAGGCAUAA